CAUCCUGGUUGUACAGGCGCAACAGGCUACACCCCCCUAUCUCGCGCUCUCCGAACCCCUCGCCGAAACCCUUCCGCCGCCCGCCGCCCGCCGCCAACGCUCGCCGCUCUUCCGCUGCUAACCGUUGCCUCCGGGCUCCGGCCGCGGACCCGGCACUGUCCUGAAGCCGUGGCCUACGGGGGAUUCACUUCCAUCCGACGCCAUCUGGCCUCCUCUUCCAUCUCGCGGGCGCUUGUUCGUGCGCGUGGAUUGUUUCGUCCGGGUCUCGUGCCCCUGCAGGAGCCCCUGCGACCGCCAUGUUUCCUCCCAAAGGGCCCAAUCACUACGGCCAGCAGCCGCCUUAUGGCGGGCAGCAGCCGUACGGCCAAAUCCCUAGUAGCACUGGAUUUGCAGCCCCGACAGCGGCAGGUGGCACUGAUGGUGGUCGGUUUGGUGCGCGUGCAGGACAAGGGGCUGCUGCACAGUAUGGAGGGCCUUAUGCGUCAGUGUAUGGCACGCAACAGGUUGGUGGACUUGGUGGCAAAGGUCCAGCUUCUUCAAGUCUUCCUAGCUUGCCAACUCGUCCAACUUCGCUCACCGAGUCAUCCAAGUUCUCAUCUGCACCUGUGGGGUCUGGCUUGGCAAGACCAAAUGAUGAUUAUAUGGCUGUGCGUGGUUAUGCACAGAAGCUAGACCAAUAUGGCACUGAUUAUCCACUAGAGAGAAGGAUGUAUGGUGAACACUCGGCCAAUCUUGGUAGGAGAGACGGCCUCAGUGAUUUGGAUAGGAGAUACACCGAUCAGAUAGCUUCUGGUCAUCAGGUUCAUGAUCAUAUGGAGCAGGGUUCAUCGAUGCGCCACCAGCAGCUCCUGAAAGGUCAGCUGCAGCCUGGAUCUGAUACGAGACAAGCCGAUUACUUUGCAGGAAGGUCUGCUCCAGUCCAUCAAGCAUCCCAGGAAAUUGGUGUAUAUGGAAGAGUUGAAGCUGAUAAUCGCAACAUGUCCAUUCUUGGGACUGCUCCGUAUGGAAGACAGCAAGCAGCCUCAUUGUUGGAAGGAGCUCCAAGGACAAACAUUGACAGCCUUUAUGGACAAGGGUCAUCAAGCACUGGUUAUGGUGCAGGUCUUCCUCCUGGACGUGAUUAUGCCUCAGGGAAAGGCCUCCUCCAUCCAUCUUCAGAUCCUGAUUACCGAGAUAGCAUCUUACCCCGUGUACAUCCAGGCGUCUCAAUGGUUGAUGACCGUAGAGUUGAUCGGAUUGGUUAUCGUCGUGAACUGGAUCUAAGAGAUGAAGAGCGUAGAAGGGACCUAAUGCUGGAACGAGAAAAGGAGCUUGAAUGGGAACGUGAACGCGAACGGGAGCGCGAGUUACGGGACUUUCGAGACCGUGAAAGAGAAAGAGAACGUGAAAGGGAUCAUGAAAGACUACUAAGAGAACGCGAAAGAGAAAGGGAACGCGAACGUGAAAGAGAGCGUGAAAGAGAACGCCUUCGUGAGCGCCGGGAGAAGGAGAGAGAGCGGGAUAGGAAGCACGGAGCUGAUCCAAGGCGGGAGCUGACUUCACCUAGAGGCCCUGGUGAUCGACGGCGCUCUUCUUCUGUUAGAUCUGAGAAGCCUGUGCGGCGAAUUUCCCCUCGACGUGAUGCUGUGCAUAGGCAUCGUUCACCUGUUAAAGAAAUAAAGAGAGAAUAUAUUUGCAAGGUUUUGCCAUUUCGCUUCGUGGAUGAUGAGAGGGAUUAUCUGUCCGUGACAAAACGGUAUCCCAGACUCGCAAUUACUCCAGAAUUUUCCAAGAUUGUCUUGAACUGGGCUAAAGAAAACUUAAAUCUUCCUCUGCAUACACCAGUGAGUUUGGAGCAUGAUGUCCUUGAUUCAGAUGAUGGUGCUGAUGAAGGAGCAAUUGUCGCUACUGAGAAAACAUCUCCAGCCACCAUUUGGAAUGCAAAGGUACUAUUGAUGAGUGGCAUGAGCAAAGGUGCCUUUGCUGACAUAACUUCAUUGAGAAGUACCGAGGAACGAGUUGCGCACUUGAACAAUAUCUUAAAAUUUGCUGUAUUAAAAAAGGAUCGUUCUCUUUUUGCAAUCGGAGGCCCUUGGAAUGCAGCAAUAGAUGGUGGUGACCCAUCAGUUGACUGUUCUUGCUUGAUUCGAACUGCCAUCAGAUGCGUUAAGGAAAUGGUUCAGGUUGAUCUAUCUAGUUGCAUCCACUGGAACCGUUUUGUCGAGGUACAUUACAAUCGAAUAGGCAAAGAUGGACUCUUCAGUCACAAAGAAAUUACUGUUCUGUUUGUGCCAAACUUGUCAGAUUGCCUGCCUUCAGUGGAUGUAUGGAAGAAUAACUGGAUUCUGUACAAAAAAUCAAAGGCAGAAAGGGAUCAGCUCACUGUUAUAAAGGAAAAGAGCCCUGGUGAUUCAAAAGAGCAGAUGCAAGGGGAGCUGAACAAGGGUAAAAAUUUAGAUGCUGAUCAAUUAAAAGAGGGUGAUCUUGGCUGCAGUGAUAUGAAAAAUGAGAAAGGUGAUGCUGAUAUGAAACAACAAGAUGAUGAUGUAGAGGGCAAGGUUAAAGGUGAGGAACCUGUUCAGAAGAUGGGUGGGGAUGUUGAAGGAAAAACUACGGGCGACUCCUCUAUUGACCAUGUAGCUGGGGAUAAAAAGCCCACAAAAAAGAAAAUAAUAAAAAAGGUUGUGAAAGUUGUUCGGAAAAAAACAACUGGACCUUCAGCUGAUAAAUCUUCUGAGGACAAGAAUGCUGUAGCAGAAUCUGCAAACAAAACUGCAGAAGGGGGUCAGAGUCAACAAAAGAAUGAGGAUGGUGGAAAAGAACAAGAGGGAGCUGGCAUAAGUCAACAGCCUGAAGCAAAGAAAACUGGAAAAAAGAAAAUAAUUCGAAGGAUUGUUAAAAGGAAAGUUUCUGGUUCAGGUUCUCAGUUGACUGCCCCUGCUACACCUGCUGAAACUAGUAAGCAAGAAACUGUUCAGCCAGAUAAAAAUGUUGAGAGCUCAACCGAUGUUGGAAGUCCUCAGACUAAGCUGCAAGAAGGGUCAAAAAUUCCAUCUGGAGAAGAUAUCUCAAAUCAGAAGAAAGAAGAGAAGCCAGAGGAAAACGAACACCCAUUGAAUGAUCGCAGUUCAAAUGAGGAUAAGGGCAAUCACAAGGAAGCUAUGGAACAAAAAGAUACAAAAAAGGAUGGAAAGAAGGAUAAAACAAAGGACGAUAAAGAGAAGAAGAAUAGAGACCUCAAGAUGGAUCCAAAGCAAAAGCCACUCAAUGACACAAAAGAAAAGAAGAGGUCUGAUGAACCUCCAAAAUAUCCAGGAUUCAUUCUUCAGGCAAAAAGGAAUAAAGAAUCUAAACUCCGUUCAACAUCCCUUUCGUUGGAUGGCCUCCUAGACUAUACUGCCAAGGAUAUAGAGGAGUCAGUAUUUGAGCUUUCUUUGUUUGCUGAGUCAUUUGGUGAAAUGCUUCAACACAGAAUGGGUUGUGUUAUCCUGUCUUUUCUUGAGAAACUGUAUAGACGUUAUGUUGUGAAGAGGAAUCAACGUAAACGCCAAAGAGAGGAAGAUCUAAAGAAAGAGGAGAAUAAUUCCUCCGAGAAGCGAUCAAAGACUAAUGAGACUAUAACUGGAAGUGUUGAUAAUCCAGGAGGCAGUGUUAAAAUGACAAAAGAGGGUGAAGAAAAGAUGAGCACAGAUCAAUCAGCAAAUGUCCAUGCUGAACUGUCAAAAGAGGGUCAGAUAAAACUUGGCACCGAUCAUCCAAUUGCUAACCAUGGUGAACCAGCAAAAGAGGGCAAUGAAAAUAUGAGCACUGAUCAUUCAGAAGCUGUUCUUGAUAAACCUGCAGCUGAUGCAAAUAUGGAGGAGGAAGAUCCUGAAUACGAGGAAGAUCCUGAAGAAAUAGAAAUAUAUGAAGAUGAUGAGGACAUGGAUGAUGCUCAUGCUGAAGAACAGAUUGCAGAGCAGAUUGAGGACACAAAAGACCGAGUGGUUAAGCCAGAAGAAGUAGUGACAGCAGAUGGUGGAAAUAACAAAAGUACAACACAGCCUGAAGUAGAAAAUAUUACUAACAUCCAUGAAAGAGCUGCUUCAAUAGAGGAAAAACAGUCCGUGGCAGAGAAAGGAGAUUCAGUGGAAGGUGGAGAAAAGGUAGCCAGUAAGGAGGUUAAGCCAACAAAAGAUGAGGUGGUCGACAAGGACCUAUUGCAGGCCUUUAGGUACUUUGACAUAAAUAGAGCAGGAUAUCUCAAGGUGGAUGAUUUAAAAUGUAUUCUUCACAACUUGGGGAAGUUUUUAUCAAGCAGGGACGUGAAGGACUUGGUUCAAAUUGCUCUUGUUGAGAGCAAUUCUGCAAGGGACAAUCGCAUAAUCUAUCCAAAGCUUGUGAAGAUAGUUGACCUGUAAUUUGGCACUGGUUGGCCCGUGUCAGCUCCUUGAAGUUAACUAUGCUAUGACCGCUGAGAAGUCAGUUAUGAUAAACUAUUUUCUUUACUUAUAACUGGGUUCAAUACCAUUUUUCUGGUCACCUGUUUGUACCAUUAUGUUAUAAGGAGCUGCAUGUCGAUUCUUGUUUUUUUUACUGGGAUUAUCAAGUAAUGAACUCAGUCGCUGAGGCUUACUGUAAGCAUCAAGGAUUAUCACAUUUCAUAAAUGAAGGCACCCGAAAAAGAAAAAAAACUUACUUUGUAUUAA